GGGCGGUGUGAGCUGAGCCGAGUUGGGCGAGGGAGAGGAGGAAAUGAGUGAGAGCUGAGAUGAGAGCAAAGAAUGAGAAUGAGCGUGAGUGACAAAGUGACAGUGAGCGUGAGAGUGAGAGUGUAGCCGUGCUCUGAUGUCGAGGGGUAGCAAGCAGGGGGGGACGGCGGUGUUGGCGGCUCUCGUCUACCCAGGCCUCUCUCUAUCUCUCUGUCCUCGGAUUCGUUCUGCUCUCAAUUUUUUUCUUCUCCGAGUCUUUGUUGCUUUUUUUUUUUCUCUGUCAAAAGGGGACUUUCGGAGUGACAGCCCGGCGGGGGAGGCGACAACUACGUAUCCGCUCGUGGAUCUCGCGUGGCCACGGGGUGCAUUUGGGAUUUUGGAGAAUGGGGGGCGGGCGGCGGUAACGAAGGAAUGCGGAAAGGCGGGCGAAAAGUGUCACCUAAACCAUCCCGGGCGUUGCGCUUUUCCUAUUUCUUCUACUUUUCUCUUCUGGCAGCGGCGGCGGUAUGGCGGUUAGUUACUGUUAGGCUGGCGGGAGA